AGAGAGAGACAGCAGAGAGAAAACGAGAGGACAGAGAUGUCCCAAUGGAUUAUUGGAUGGACCUGGCUGUCCAUUACGCAGAGAAAGUCUAAUUUUCUGGCAUAAGAAGACAUGGAUUGGACAAACUGAGGUUAAACCUGAUUUGACAAUUCGGUGGCGAUAAUCCAGGGAGGAAAAAAUGGAAGCAGAAAGUCUAACUCAACACAUUGAAGGAGACAUGGAGGCCACUUCACUGCCCUUAUCUGUAACCGCUGACUGGCUGGACGACGGAAACGAGACGACUGGGAACCAGUUCCAGCAGCCUGACUGGCAGGUGGCUCUGUGGGCCAUCGCCUACUCCCUCAUCAUCCUGGUGUCCAUCACUGGCAAUGUCACAGUCAUCUGGAUCAUCCUCGCUCACAGGCGCAUGAGGACCGUAACCAACUACUUCAUCGUUAACCUGGCCUUCUCCGAUGUUUCCAUGGCAACCUUCAACACCCUCUUCAACUUUGUCUAUGCCCUUCACAACGACUGGUACUUUGGCCUUGGCUACUGCAGAUUUCAGAACUUUUUCCCCAUCACGGCAAUGUUCUCAUCGAUAUACUCGAUGGCUGCCAUCGCGGUGGACAGGUACAUGGCCAUAAUUCACCCUCUGAAGCCCCGCCUCUCCUCCACCUCGACAAAGGUUGUCAUUGCUCUGAUUUGGAUCAUAGCGAUUUUAUUGGCAUUCCCUCAGUGCUACUACAGCGUGACGGCGUAUUAUUACCCCAGGACUGUGUGCAUGGUCAACUGGCCUGAUGACUACGGAGGCAAACAUCAGCUAAGUUACCAAUAUGCACUGAUAUUGCUGAUCUACUUACUCCCUCUGCUGGUCAUGCUGGUGACCUACAGUAUAGUUGGCCGCUCACUGUGGGGUGGACACAUCCCGGGAGAGGCAUCAGACCAUUACCACAGCCAGAUAACAGCCAAGAGAAAGGUGGUAAAGAUGAUGGUUGUCGUGGUGAUGACCUUUGCCCUCUGCUGGCUGCCUUACCACAUCUACUUCAUACUGGGAUCGUUUAAUAGAGACAUUUAUAAACAGCAUUACAUUCAACAGGUUUACCUCGCUAUAUUCUGGCUGGCUAUGAGUUCGACCAUGUACAACCCCAUCAUUUACUGCUGUCUAAACCAAAGGUUUCGCGCCGGUUUCCGCCACGCGUUCGCCUGGUGUCCCUUCAUCAAAGUGUCAGAGGAGGACAAGAUGGAGCUGCAGCACACGCACACCUUCAGGGUCACCAUGACGCGCAGCAACCGCAACAACACCUCGUACACGCGCGCCUCCGUCAAAACAAACAGCACCUCUGAGGCAAACGCAGCUGUCAAGGCGGAGGCGAACAACAAGAACAACAGAGGAACGCCACACCAUGAGACAAAUUCUCCCGCUGCCAAACUUAUGGAGCACAGCCACUGACAAGCGACUGAACUCAUGACAAGGACAAUCUCCACAGGGUGUUGUUAAGAGGCUGAAGUACAACAGGAAAUGCAGACAAAACAGCCAAAGAGUACAAGAAUUAAUGUGAAUAUGAACCUGAUGGGUGUUUUUGCUGUGAAACAACUGCCUUUUUGUCUGUGGAUAAAUCUGUCCGUCCUCUGUUUCUCAUACUUCUAAUCUAAUUCUCCAUCUUUACGAUGAUGUCCUCCUCUUUAGGAGGAAACAGCUAAGUAUGUCGUUUUUGGUGUAAUUGUAGGAUUGUUAUAUUAAGUGGUUACUGGAGUUGUUGUGCCGUCAUCAGCACCGAACUUGAAAUGUUGUUUAUUUAUGUUUGUUUACCUGCACCAAGAAGGUUAGGUAUUUGAUUUAUCAAGGUUUCUUUCUUUUAAAUUCCACAGAACAGAGGAGAACUUUACUUAUAAUUCCUUCUCUUCAGCCAUCACCAUGAACAAUGUGAUAAUUAAAGUCACAGUUGCAACUCAACUGGCCAAACUGAAAGAAAAUGGCAUGUUUUACAAUAUUAUAGGAAGUCACAUACACUUAACAGCCACUUUAUUAGGCACACACAGCAAAAUUAAAUUGGCAGGAGGAGACUCAGUGUGGUCUACUGUUGCUGUGGCUCAUCUACUUCAAUAUGAAAUGUGAUGUGGUCUCAGAGAUGGUCUUAUGCAUACAUAUUUGAUGCUAAUGAGUGGUAAUUUGAGUUGCUGUUGUGUGGAAAUAUUCUCUUCUUCAAAUGAUUCUCUGAAAAUCCCAGAAAUCAGACUCGAUCAGCGAAUAUCUGCCUGUGUGACAGAAACGACGACAAUGCCACGUUCACAGUCACUUUAAUUACAUUGCUCCUCCAAUCUGAUGCACGGUUAACGAGCAGUUGUAAGGUGUACCUAAUAAAGUGGCUGGUGAGUGGACCUAUGUACCACGAGGGAACCACCUUCCAUUAUUUACAUAAAUACAACAUUAACACUGCCAUUCAUGUAUUACCUUUCGACUUAUAGUAACUUAUUUAACAGAAUGUGCUCAAUUGAUAAAAUCAUAAUGUCAUCGCCUAAAUCUUUCAGUGUACAGUUUGAUUCUUUUCAAAUCUCAUGUAGUCUGCAGUGAUCAUAUAAGUGUAAUAUUUUCCAUGCUCAGUGUACAGUGCAGUCCAGACUAAAAUGCCAAAGUGCUGCUAUACUUCUGUUGCUGUGAAACGUGACAUUGACGACUAUUGUGUUAUGUUAAUGUGAAAUGUGCUUGUUUUUGACCCUAUUUUGUUAUCGGCAGGAAAAAGCACAAGUGUUGCUGAAAGCAAUAAUGAGGGCUUUGUUCAUCGGUGUGGUUAUCAAUAGAGGA